AUGCGGCAGCCGCUGUUACCGGGUACCCGGUCCCCGAGUUGCAGCCCACGGCCUUUUCCGGGCCUGGGGCAGCAGCUGUUUCCCAGCACACACACCCCCACCCCCGCCCCUCCAGUGUGGGUCUCCCGGAGGACCGCAGUCGGGGAGAGCGUGGGUAAAGCGAGAGGACUAUCACUUCAGGACUUAGGAGAGGGUCCUCAGCCCUCACUCUCGCCGGCGGAGCCACACCUGGAAUCGCCGGUGCCCAGCGCCCCGGGGGCCCUGGCGGGCGGCCCCACCCAGGCAGCCCCGGGAAUCCGGGGGGAGGAAGAGCAGUGGGCCCGGGAGAUCGGGGCCCAGCUGCGGCGGAUGGCGGACGACCUCAACGCGCUGUACGAGCGGCGGAGACAAGAGGAGCAGCAGCGACACCGCCCCUCACCCUGGAGGGUCCUGUACAAUCUCAUCAUGGGACUCCUGCCCUUACCCAGGGCCCGCGGAGCCCCGGAGAUGGAGCCCAAUUAGGUGCCUGCACCCGCCCGGUGGACGUCGGGGACUUGGGGGGCAGGACCCUCCCGCCUCCUGACGCCCUGGCCAGCGCGGGGGACUUCUUCUGC